UGUUCAAUGCAUUUUUGUACGUAAAUUUGAUCCAGUUAUCUAAUCUAAUCAGUAUCACGCCCUGUGAUAAUGAUGAUUCUUUCGACUAAAUCCACAUGGAAACAUGUCUGCAUACUUCACUUCACUCUUACAUCUCACCGACCACUCGGUCGAUAGUCGUAUUUCGGGAAAUAAAUUUCCAUUUCAAAAUGUUCCCGAGAAAUCCACGUAAUUGGGAAUUACGAAACCACUUAGUCCCCAUUAAGUGCAUUGGGGGCGGAAGUUUCGGCACGGUUUGGGAAGCUUAUCAUUCUAUUGAUAAGGGUUCCUAUGCCAUUAAAACCGUUGGAAUUAGUGCAACGUUGAAGCUACAGAAUUACAAGAUAUGUCAGGAGGUGAGGCUACUACAAAGUUUGGAUCACACAAAUAUCGUCAAGUAUCACGACUCUUGGGUGGAAGGACCUAACAUAGAAAAUUUAUUGAAAAAAGAAGAAAAAUUUGACCAAACCGGAAGUUUACCCGACGAUUAUCACGGAGAUAGCGAAUUAAGUUCCACACAAGACGAAACAAACUUUCUCUUUAUUCAAAUGGAGCUGUGUGACACGGAUUUGGCCAAGUGGUUAAAAAAUCUCCCACCCGACACAAAUUUGGAAACCCGUCCAACCUCUGCAAACCAUUGUAUCCUUGACAUUUCUCACGGUCUGAAAUAUAUUCACCAGAGAGGAAUAAUCCAUCGUGACUUGAAACCGGAAAAUAUUUUCGGGACGCCGGGACUCCGAAAACACUGGAAAAUUGGAGACUUCGGAUUAUCAACUAAAUAUCAAGAACAAGAUUUACAAUCGCAUCGUGGCACGAAUUUGUAUGCUAGUCCGGAAAUGGCGAAUAGACAAAAGUAUACUGAGCUAACGGAUAUUUUCAGUGCGGGUUUGAUCUUUCUGGAAAUAAUUCAUCCGUUCGACCCUACCGAAAAGAGAAGCAUAUUUUAUGAAAUUAAGUCUGGAAAUACAAAAUAUCUGGAAACUACUGGCACCCACAAUUUGGUCGAAAUAAUCUGGAAAAUGUUACACAUCGAGGCAAACUUACGACCCAGCGCUUCUCAAAUUGUGGAUGAAUUUGAAUUAUUAAAACAGAACAACAAUCGCAAAGUUUCUGGGAAAAGGUUAACCUAUCCUUACCCAAUCUUCACCCCAUCUGAAAACGGACAAUAUGACGGACUUAUCUUUGGGGUGGGCGACGUCUGCAAAACAUUCGUCGGCCGUGUUAAGGAGUUAAGACGACUCGAGGAACUGUAUAAAUCUGGUGAAGCUCUUAUCACUCUGACGGGAAUGGGAGGCAUUGGAAAAUCCGAACUGGCAAAAAAAUUCGCAUUUGACCUACAUAAAACACACGGAAAUCCGUGUGUAUGGCUUGACGGAGAAAAUAUAGAACAGUCUCUGAACAAAUUAUGUAAAAAUAUUGGCAUCCCCAAAACCGGCAAUGAUUUAGAUACGGUCACCUUUGGUCUUCUUAUGGUGAAAAGAUUGGCCUACAAAUCCAAAAACCAACUCCUUCUUAUAAUUGAUAACGUCGAUGAAAUAAAUAAAAUCGUGAAUGACCUAAUUAAAGGGUUAAGAGCGGAGAAAAUGUCAGCUGUUACGUUGGUAACGUCACGAAAUGUAAAUGUGUUUAAAUCCGCGGAGAAAACGGUUAAAUUGCACGAGUUUACAGAGCUGGAAGGAAUCGCCCUCCUAAAAUCGCAAUUUCCAACCGAAUCUGUGUCAGACAUUGCGAAGCUGUGCGAAUUGUUGGACAACUUCCCGUUAGCUUUGCAGCAAGCGGUGGGGUUCAUUAAACAAAGUAAAAACGUGGGUCCUCUCGGAGAGUCGUUUAAAAUCAAAAAUUUAUUAGAAAUUUAUGAGAGGAAGAAGGAGCAAAUUUUGAAUUAUCAACUGGACAGUAUUUAUCACGCGUAUCCGAGCACAUGCCUCAUCACAUGGGACAUUUCGAUGGAAAAAAUUAGAAAUGAUGUGGAAAAUGGUGAAGCAGCUGAUAAGUUAAUGCAUCGUCUAGCGUUUCUAGAACCGGAUGGAAUUGACUUAAGAUUCUUACAGUAUUUCGACAAAGAGCGGACAGAAGAUGCCGUUACCCUUUUGAAACUUCAUUCCCUCAUAAAAAGUGAGAACAAUGUCGUCUCGAUUCAUCGAUUAGUGCAGGAAGUGACCCGCUUAAAACUGGAAAUUGACGUGGAACACGAAAUUCUUCGGCAAAUGGGUGAAGUAAUUCUGAAACAUUUUGACACCUUUGAACCGCACGAUUUCAACCAUGUGAUCCGUUUAUGGCAUCACAUUCAACAGGACGAAGUAAAGUUUCACAAUUUUAUGGGAUUGCCCAUGACCUCCUUAGCGCCAAAAAUGGAUAAGUUUCCAAUGUACAAGGCAAUGCGUGAAGUGUUAAUUAGAGGACUUGGCUCGUUACAGAGACUCGAAAAGUACGACAAGCUGGGGUACAUUAGCCUCUACGCGGCGCAUAAAUUAGCUCGUGCCCUCCAAUUCAGCGGGAGGUAUGACUUAGCUUUGGAAAAAUACCGACAAAUUUAUUCCCGCCAAUGUGCCCGGUAUGGAUUGGAGAGCGAGGAAAGUAUUUCAUCAGGAAAAGCAAUCGCUGUUAACCUGUGGUAUUUAAAGCGAUACAAAGAAUCCACCCGACAAUAUAAACAACUCUUGGCGGCCUGCGCACGCGCCAAGUUAUGGGACGCGGAAAGAACUUCGCUACUUUUAAAGAGCGAUCUCAGCAUUUUACUAGUAUCACAAGGAAAACUGUCAAAAGCGGCCAUACAACUGGGCGAGGUUCUGGAAUAUCUGGACAGAAAGGGGAAAGGGAAGGAUCCCGUGGCUUUGAUGCUUUAUGGAAACGCACUCUUCCGCUUGGGUCACUUUCGAGAUGCCUUAAAAGCUCAUGAAGAAUCGGUCCAUCUCCACGAAGCCGUCUGGGGGCCGUAUCACUGCAAAACGGUGGCUUCCAAGCUGUCUUAUGCUCCCGUGCUGUUCAUCCUAAACAAGGGAAACGUUGCGAUUGAAAUGUUGGAAAAUAUUAUGGGUCACGUGGACGAGGAAUAUGCCGACAAGAUCAAGGAGCUAAUUAGAGUCAUGAAAAUGUUUAAACCACUAUUUUGGAAAUAUUCUCCACUAAGGUUUUUUCUCUCAAACGUUUUAUUUAUUGCGUCAAGGCACUCGGUCAUUAGGCCCAUUGUCCCAUUUUGUGAAGAAACUAUCCUCCCCGUUCUUAUAAAUGGCAAGUAUAUUGAUAAAAUUACUUAUUUUGUAAAGGUCGCAUUCAUUGCUUUAGUCAUGGUGAUUUGCAUUUUUAUACUUUAGCAUUAUGAUUUAAGUGCGAUUAUGUUGGUGUCUGAGAAAGUUCGAGGAUCAUUGUUCCAAAAUUUUAGCCAAUUUAAAUACAUAGAUAAGUUACAAUGCUAGAAUAGUUUUUGUAUGUACUGCGUAUAAUUUACUUAAAAAAGUCAGCCACUUUUGGUGAGUGACGAAAUUGUUUUGAAAUUUCAAUUUAAUUUCGCUUCCAAGUUAAUAAAUUUAUUUAUUCCUAAAUUCAA